CAAAGACUUUAUUCAAUCCUCAUUUGUCUGAGGUGCAAGGUAAUGCGUGCUGUUCUCUCUUGUUGAACUUCUCUUUAAUCCUCUGAUCUUGGAUUAAGGGAAAAACAGAAACACCAGCCAGAAAAUUCCUGAGCCUUGUUUUGCAUCAUUCUUGAGGAGGAAAGCCAAAAUGUCAUUCACCGGAACUCUUGAUAAAUGCAAGGCUUGUGAUAAGACUGUUUAUGUGGUUGACUUGUUAACUCUUGAAGGUACACCUUACCACAAGAACUGCUUCCGAUGCAGUCACUGCAAGGGAUACCUCACGAUGAGCACAUACUCUUCAAUGGACGGUGUCCUCUACUGCAAGCCACACUUUGAACAGCUUUUCAAGGAAUCUGGCAAUUUCAGCAAGAACUUUCAGACAGCAAGGUCUUCUGAAAAACAAAAUGAGAUGAAUAAGACCCCCAACCGACUCUCGUCCAUGUUCAGUGGAACUCUAGACAAAUGUUCAGUUUGCUCAAAAACAGUCUAUCCUCUGGAAAAGAUGACACUGGAAGGAGAAUGCUAUCACAAGAAUUGCUUUAGGUGUGCUCAUGCAGGUUGCCACCUCACACAUUCCUCCUAUGCUUCCCUAGACGGUGUCCUCUACUGCAGGCACCAUUUCCAACAGCUUUUCAUGGAGAAAGGGAACUACCAUCAUGUACUCCAAGCUGCUGCAAACAGGAAGAAUGCCACACCGCCUCCUGAACCAGCCGAAGAAGAAGAAGAACCACCAAAGCCAGAGGAAGCUGAACAGGAAGAAACAGAAGAAAAAUCCUAA